AGGAGGCGGGCGAAAAGGGGAGGCUGGCCGCGCGCUGUGGCGGCGGCGGCUGGAGCCGGGGCGGAGCGGGGCGAGAGGGAGGGGGCGGGCGGAGAGGCAGGCGGAGGGGAGUGAGCCGCAGGUCCAAUUCCCAACUACGAGCCCCGAGUUUGCAGAUGGGGCUGCUUGGCGGCGCCUGCGGCUGAAGGAGAGCAGCGGCGGCGGCGCGGAGGCGGCCGAGGUGCGAGCCGUUCUUCUGGGCUGCGAGCAUUCCUUGGCUUGUGGUUGCAUCACUCCAGUCUUCAAGCAGCGAUGCAGCAAGUGUUGGAUAACCUCACGGACCUGCCUUCAUCUACAGGAGCAGAAGAAAUAGACCUUAUUUUCCUCAAGGGGAUUAUGGAGAAUCCCAUUGUAAAAUCACUUGCCAAGGCUCAUGAGAGGCUAGAAGAUUCAAAACUAGAAGCUGUCAGUGAUAAUAACUUGGAAUUAGUCAAUGAAAUUCUUGAAGAUAUCACUCCUUUAAUAAAUGUAGAUGAAAAUGUGGCAGAACUGGUUGGUAUACUCAAAGAGCCUCACUUCCAGUCGCUCUUAGAGGCCCAUGAUAUUGUGGCAUCAAAGUGUUAUGAUUCACUGCCAUCAAGCCCAGAAAUGAAUAAUUCUUCUAUCAAUAAUCAGUUGCUACCAGUAGAUGCCAUUCGUAUUCUUGGUAUCCACAAAAGAGCUGGGGAGCCAUUGGGUGUGACAUUUAGGGUUGAAAAUAAUGAUCUGGUAAUCGCCCGAAUUCUUCAUGGAGGAAUGAUAGAUCGACAAGGUCUGCUUCAUGUGGGAGAUAUUAUUAAAGAAGUCAAUGGCCAUGAGGUUGGAAGCAAUCCAAAGGAGUUACAAGAAUUACUAAAAAAUAUUAGUGGAAGUGUCACCCUAAAGAUUUUACCAAGCUAUAGAGACACCAUUACUCCUCAACAGAGUUGCAUCAAUAUGGAGAGGCAUCCAGCACACGUCUGUCAGGUAUUUGUGAAAUGUCAUUUUGAUUAUAAUCCAUACAAUGAUAACCUGAUACCCUGCAAAGAAGCAGGAUUGAAGUUUUCAAAAGGAGAAAUUCUUCAGAUUGUAAACAGAGAAGAUCCAAACUGGUGGCAGGCUAGCCAUGUAAAAGAGGGAGGAAGCGCUGGUCUCAUUCCAAGCCAGUUCCUGGAAGAGAAGAGAAAGGCAUUUGUUAGAAGAGACUGGGACAAUUCAGGACCUUUUUGUGGAACCAUAAGUAGCAAAAAAAAGAAAAAGAUGAUGUAUCUCACAACCAGAAAUGCAGAAUUUGAUCGUCAUGAAAUCCAGAUAUAUGAGGAAGUAGCUAAAAUGCCUCCCUUCCAGAGAAAGACAUUAGUAUUGAUAGGAGCUCAAGGUGUGGGACGGAGAAGCUUGAAAAACAGGUUCAUUGUAUUGAAUCCCACUAGAUUUGGAACUACAGUGCCAUUUACUUCACGGAAACCAAGGGAAGAUGAGAAAGAUGGCCAGGCAUAUAAAUUUGUGUCACGAUCUGAGAUGGAAGCAGAUAUUAAAGCUGGAAAGUAUUUGGAACAUGGGGAAUAUGAAGGAAAUCUUUAUGGAACCAAGAUUGAUUCUAUUCUUGAAGUUGUCCAAACUGGACGAACUUGCAUUUUGGAUGUCAACCCUCAAGCUCUGAAAGUACUAAGAACAUCUGAGUUCAUGCCCUACGUUGUGUUUAUUGCUGCUCCAGAACUGGACAUGUUACGUGCCAUGCACAAGGCUGUGGUGGAUGCUGGUAUCACUACCAAGCUUUUGACGGACUCUGACUUGAAGAAAACGGUGGAUGAAAGUGCACGGAUUCAAAGAGCUUACAACCACUAUUUUGAUUUGAUCAUCAUAAACGACAAUCUAGACAAAGCCUUUGAGAAACUACAAACUGCCAUAGAGAAACUGAGAAUAGAGCCACAGUGGGUCCCAAUCAGCUGGGUUUACUGAUGAUUCAAUAAGAUUCAUAAUUCAAAUAAAACUUUAAAAAGUGACUGUAACAAACCUUCUACUGAGAGAAUACAUGCACAGAUAGAAGAUAUCUGCCAAGUUCAGGCAUUUUUAUUGUGUAGAUUGAAAUACCAGUACACUAUUCUGAAUUUUUAUAUAAAAUGUGGUUGGGAAGGUGUACUAAUAUAUAAUUUAUCUUAAUUUUUCUAACUUUUUAUGGAUAAUCUUUCUAUUCAUAUUGCAUAAAAAAUGCGUUGAAGCAUUUUAUACAUGUUUUGAUUUAGUACCCUUGCCUUUUUCGUCAGAGGAGUUUUCAAAUCAUUCUUCACUCUAACAUUGGGCUCACAUUCUCACUGUGAUAAUGAAUACUUGAAAUAGUUUUGUAAAGCUGUCAUUUAGUGCAGUAUUUAACUAGUGAAAGGUCAGUUACUCUUAUUCAGAGAAAAUAGUUAAUGGCCUUCUUUCCCAAUAUAAUUUCUUACAGAAGCAGAACUUUAAUGUCAGUGGUAUGCUAGCUAGUCUACUACCACGGAAACCUGACAUCAGAAGUCUGCUCAGUGCUACAUGGUUUCGUUAUUUCAGAGAUGGAUGGCUAUCCUUUCUAAUUUAAACAAAUACAUUGUUUUCUUUUCCCUUUAUUUCUGUCUUUAGGGAAAAAAUGAAGAGCAAUACCUUGCACUCUCAUUUGUUGUAAUGACAGUCUGUUGUUACCAAGUUAACAUGUAUACAGCAGGCAAGGGCCAUGCAGGUUGGGAGAGUGCCUUAUUCUGAAAAGCCUUAGAGCAGAAUGACACUUACAGUUGAUUUACUUUCACGUGUAAAAAUUGAACUGACAAAAAUGGACCUACUGUUUUAGGUAGUUUUUUAUUAGGGUAUGGGCAAUGGAUGUAUCAUGCCUCUGCAAAUUUCUGUGAUGCUUAAAAAUGCCUCUAAGUUUGCAAUUUGGGGUUUUUGUGAACAAUUACUGUGCUUUUUGAAUUGUGAUGUGAUCAUUAGGGUUAUUUGUUCAACUUGUGUUGAGAAACAAAUCCAUUUAACAAUUUAUGACAUUUGGAAAUGUCAGCUAUUUUAUCUAUACAUAAUAUAUACAUUAUAUAAUAUGUUCAGUGUAUGCAUUAUAUAAUAUAUAUUAAAUAAUGUUUUAUAUUCUUUUUA